GCAUUGGCGGUGAAGUUAUGAGUUGCUUUGUGCUGACAGUUGCUGCGUCUGUCCAGGCAUUGGCGGUAGUAGUUGAUCCACUGAUUUUGCUGAAGUUUCUUGCGACUGUCCAGGCAUUGGCGGUAAGAACUUCCCUUGUGCCUUUUGAUACUCGAGAGAAGCCAUAUCUUCAUGUCUGUCCAGGCAUUGGCG